AAGGAAGAGCAAGGAAAUUCGGGAUCGAAACAGAGAAGAAGGAAAAUGGCCAUCGUCAGGACAUUUUCACUUCCCCAUUUCGACGACUAUCCAGUCCAAGUGGCCAUGUUCACAGAAGUCACCAAUGCCAAUUUUCUUCGUUCCCAACUUCUCGAAGCAAAUCCAGAAUUUGACUACGCAUUUCUUGACGCAUCCAUGAUCAUCUCUUCCCUGCCCCUCUUCCACGCCAUAGCCCAUGCCAUCCAUUCUGUCCUCUCCCCCACGACCUCGCCUCUGCGGACUCGGACGCCUCACUCUGAAAUAGUCUUCCGCCUGCAUUCCAACAACAAUAUUGGCGAAUCCUACCGCAAAUUCGGCAUUGCAGACGACACCACCAACCUCAUCGCCAUCAAACUCUCUCUCACUCCAGAAGUAACCAAUGCAAGCGUCGCCGACCACUUGACGGCGGUGGUGCAGGGCGUGGGCGUGGAUGAGGGUGAGGAUGGGGGUCAGUUAGGCAUGUUUGCAGACAUGGCUAAGAUCAGGAAAGUUUACAAGUUGAACGACGUCCGAUCAAAGGGAAAAGUUGCAAAGAAACCAGAGAGCAAAGAUCAAGAUGAGCAAACAAAGGUCAACGAGAGAGUUCGGAUGGAAAGGGACAUCAUGGGCAUCAUGACAUUAAAAGGGUCGUAG